CCCCGCGGCCCCAAUCAUCUAUUGGCCUUGAUCUUUGUUGUGAUUGUCGGGUCCUUGUUUUGUCGUCCUCAUCGUUAGCUCCCUUGUGGAAACGAUGCAAGGGAGCGCUUAAUCCGAAACCUCCUAUCGUCAAUACAUUUCCGAUACCCCAAUGCCGCAGUCCUCGAGUUAGGCAAGGAAGCGUUGGCAAGACCCCGUCCUGCUUCCUCCAAGCCUCAGCCGCUCGCUCACCCAUCCACCCCCACUGCCUUUUGUUGACAUCAAGGGAACUCACCAAAACAAUAGUAGGUGGAGCUGCGCCAACUUGCUGCCGCUGCUUAUUUAUAUACUAGUCUCUUUUCCUUGGACCAUCGUGGUCUCGAUUUCCCAGUCUUGCUUAUAUUAACCCUUGUUCUUUCUGUUCUUUCCAAGCAAUAUAACCACUAGCAGCCUCGGUGUAUGAUUGUUUGUUCAACAAUUGAGAGGCCGUCAGAAUGGAAGGCCUGGUGGAUCCGGAGACGCUGUACAUGAAGCAGAAUUGCAUCGGUAUGUUCCGAUGACGUCGACUGGCAUACGUUUCUAACCUAGCUUCCAGGUGGCGGAAGCUUUGGACGGGUUUAUAAAGGUGUCGAUAAACAGACGGGGAAAUCGGUCGCGAUCAAGAUAAUCGAUGUUGAGAAUGCUGAAGAUGAGGUGGAGGAUAUCAUUCAAGAGAUCGCCAUCUUAUCCGAACUCAACUCUCCAUACGUGACCCGAUACCAUGGGUCAUAUCUGAAAGGAUCUAGCUUGUGGAUCGUCAUGGAAUUUUGUUCCGGGGGUAGCUGCUCAGAUCUAAUGCGCCCCGGUCCUAUUCCAGAGGAAUAUAUCGUGAUCAUCAUACGGGAGCUUCUCAAGGGGCUCGACUACUUACACAGAGAUAAGAAACUGCACCGAGAUGUUAAAGCUGCAAAUAUACUUCUAACAUCGAGCGGUCAGGUGAAGCUGGCGGACUUUGGGGUCUCCAGUCAGCUGUCAGCUACCAUGACCAAAAAGAAUACGUUCGUAGGGACCCCGUUUUGGAUGGCCCCAGAGGUGAUCAAACAGUCAGGAUACGACUACAAAGCUGAUAUUUGGUCCCUUGGCAUUACGGCGAUUGAGUUGGCCAACGGAGAGCCACCGUAUUCCGAUAUACACCCUAUGAAAGUCCUGUUUUUGAUUCCCAAGAACCCUCCUCCUACACUGCAGGGCGAGUAUAGCAAGACAUUCAAGAACUUUGUGGAGCUAUGCCUACGGCGCGACCCCCGAGAGCGGCCAACCGCCAGGGAACUACUUGAGCAUCCUUUUAUCAAACGAGCAAAGAAAACCAAUUACCUGACGGAGCUGAUUGAGCGGUAUGAGCGCUGGCAAGCAGUCAAUGGCAAUAAAAGGGGCGAUGAAGACGAUGAACUAGAGCAAGAGCCUUCAGACUUGCCAACGGCUACUGAGGAUGACGACGACCUCUGGGAUUUCGGUACCGUUCGUCCUGUUGGACGGGGAAACGCUUUGAAUCCAAUGAAGGUAGCCGACAUGAAUAUUAGGAGCCACAGGACAAAGGGCCGGGAUUCCAAGACUGAGCCUCGAAAGGAGGUAUUGAAACCCAAUAAUCCUGCACCUGCAUCUUUUGCUCACACCAGAAAUACGCCUAUUGCUGCACCUAAGCCCGCGUCACCAUCAAAAAUUCCAUUGCCACCGUCUCCGGUGAAGUCGACAUAUGUUGACAAUUUCCCUUCCACACCGUCGCGUAUCUCCGAGCCAGUGUCUCAGCAGCUUAAAGAAAGCCCCGGUAGCGAGUAUGACAGAGUCUUGCAGCAGUCUCUUGCUCAAGAUUUGGGAUUCCUCCAGCUUGACCGCUCACCAGGCACUUCACUAUCGACGUUCAUUGACAAAGACAGUCCGCUUUCGAAAUUAUCUAACCACCAGGUACGACCGUCACCGUCAAUGGAAGCGCCCACGUUACAAGGGCGUCGUGUAAUGGCGUCCCCAUCCCGAAAACCAACAGAGCAGCAAGGGAGAACUGGAACAGACCCAUCACGUCCCCAGCCUCCACCCUUUCCCCAUCCGAUGGUCCAGCCGCCGUCCCACUCACCCCCUCGCCCUCCGCCAACACCGAAACACACAUCACCACAGCCGCAGCCACAAUUGCAAAAUCAUUUACACACCGCGCUACCCAGUUUACAACCGAGCCAUCACAGCCCAAAUCAGCAGCGCACUCACCAGGGAGCAGCCAUUUCGAACGAGAAUGGUGCGAGGGGUUCUCGAAAGCCUGAGGACGUCACGGCGCUGAACAGCGUUAUUAUUCCUGCACUGCGAGAAGCCCUCCAUCGACGCGCCCGCCGUCUUGAACUUGCCACCCGCUCCACAGUAGCUCAUGAUGGUGAGAGUCUCAAGCAGUCCCUUGAGCUCCAAUCACGGCGGGAAUAUGCACAGGAAAUGAUUGAAAGCCUCUCCAGCGACCUGGGUAGUAUCCUCAGUAGAAUCGAGCGCUGGGAUACCGAUGCUCCUGUUGGUAUGGGUGCCGGUAUUCCUUCUUUUCUAGAAGGGUUCCUCGAAGAGAUCCUUGUUAGGAUUGAGCCAGAUGAUGAUGGCAACGUGCUUCAAUAGGCUCUACCUAUGGCGUAUAUUUCUCUUUAAUCUCGUUCUGAAACACGACCGUGGGUCUCAAUUGGGGUAUAGACUCGCCUCGCUAACCCUUUCUUUCGCCUGUCUUACUUUCUUCUGAUUCUCAUCGUUUACUUCGUCUUCAUUUUCAAGAUGGUAAUUGCAUCGGUUGCGCUGGAAAGGAAGACGAUCACAUGUUGGUACGCGAUAGCUAGAGGCUGGAUCUGCUGCUGUUCUUUUUACUUUUCGUUUCGCGGUCUUUCCACCUCUUCACGUCUUCAUACGGGGCUGGACCCCUAGAGAUUCUCGUUUUGUAAAAUAUUGAGCAAAGAUAUUCUGCGGGUUUUGAACUAUGUUCAUGGUACACAGUGGAUUAAAAUUUUAGUAAAAGGCUCUUAGAUACGGAGCGCAGCGUCUCCCUUCUAGUUCAACAGGCUAACUGCGAGAUCCAAGCAAGACCCCGUCACAUGAGAAGCAGAGCAAGGUUACUGUUCCGCUAGGACGACAUAUUGUGACAAUUCGACAGGGAAGCGGUGGAUUAAUAUUCGACGGCCGUGAAACGCUCGAGAGAAGGUUUGAAUGAGUAUGACGGUGUAUCGGAGACCCAUACGCUCAUCCCGGCUAUGAGGCGCUUAUAUUCUUGUCACGAGAGUGGAUAUUCGUAGUGAGUCUAUAAUAAAUGAUCACGAUGUGUUGUCUCGUUGGUAGAUUGGAGCGAUGCUUGAAUAUAUAUGGUGGAAGUCGAGCAUGUCAGGCUAUCCGCCUCCAAUUCCAUAUUUGCCCACUGCAGCCCGGCCUGCCGUACGAUAGACCACGGGCCAGACAAAAAUAUCCCAGCUUGACCGGGGCUUGUACAACCAUCAUGUCUUGAGCCACAGGUUGCCCGCGGCUAUAUUGGAUCCAGCCGCUAUGGCGUUGCGCUGAAUAUGGGCAUUAGUUGAUACAGACGAAGGGGACCGAUGAUUGACGGGUGGCGAGUACAAGUGAGAUAGGACACUCUGGAGUGUCAUGCAGAUAGAGCAUUGUCCGAACGGCAGAAAGUUACAACAGCGACUGCCUUGGGCGACGGGCUGUUAGGGCAUUCAGCUGAGCGGAAAUGAUUGAAUUGAGAGUUAUACCUAGAGCCGUAUAGAGCGAGAACAGGUUUGGCGCGUCCUAUCUCGGCUAUAAUUAGCCGGCAGGACGGAAAAGCCAAUCCGUUUCAGGCGUUGGGAUCAGGUAGUUGGUGAUGUUGAACUCAUUUGUGUUCGUGGGUGUACCAUCCACUAUCGAACCUGGAUUCCCAGUUCCAGUCAAGCCAUGGAUUGACAUGGGGUUAUUGACAGCUUCACUCAUAUCCAGGCUAUUGAUGUCAGGAGCCCGCCCGGCGGGAACCCGGGGGACAUUGAAGAAACCGAAGACAUCCAAGUAUUCCAACUCGUUCGGUGCAAGGCUUCUCGAGAGCAUUCCGGUUGUUGAAGCUGCUGGCUGACUCGAGGAGGGGGAUGAACGCGGUUGUCGCGAUAUUAAAAAGUCAAGGUCAAAGGCACAUCGACGCAUAUCCGCGAGAAUCUUUACAGAAGACGGGGUCGAACGGUCACCAUCAACUGCUCCUGACUGUUGGUAUUCACCGUACUCAUCGAGCACUCUCUGCAGAAUCGAGCUAUAGCGCUCGGCCACCUUCCAAUAUUUGCCCAUUCGAGAAAGAGUAUCGACGAUGAACAUGAUAUCAGGACUCACGGUGUGCGCAAUUGUGGAGCCGUGGACAAGUAAUAAGCGAGCAGAAACCCAAAGUGUGAACGCAAAUGGCGGUCCAAGCUUAUCGAGAAUCUGGUUGUUGACAACAAAACGAGUCACCGAAAGGAUAUUAUCGACUGCGAGCAAGCAACGUUGACUGGCGCUAUAUGAUGGUGUGAAGAUCGGGGACCGCGUGGUAGGAUAAGCUGCCGAAGAAUGAAGACGUAUCACCGCC